UCGCGCAAUGCACUUCAAUGCUACGGGUUGUGGUGGCGCCGUCAAUUGGUUUCGCUUACAACAAAUACGCCAGUAAUGAGAAAAACAUACUCCUCAGUGCAUAUAAUAUAUUAUAAAAAAAAUAACAAGAUUUUAAAAAAUAACAUUGAAAACGCUCAGCAAAGGUCUAACAAUACAAACUACUCUGUAGUCUCAAGCAAGUGCGUCGGGAUUUGCAAAACUUAUUGUGGCAACUAUUUAUAAAUCGCGGGGUAUUGUUAUUUAAAAGGAGGAAAUAUACAAUUUUGGUUUUUAUCAAAUACUUAUAAGCAAUAAAAUAAAUAAAUAAAUAGUUACGUGGGAAAUCCGUCGAACUUUUUAAAAAGGAACAAUUUUAAAGAUUCGGGUGGUGAAAAAACAAGUUUACUACUUUGGAACAUUUUCUAGCAGAAAAUGUAGUUUGCGAAAACUAUAAUUUUUGGACGUGAACUAUUUUGCAAAUGUGAGCACAAAAUCUACGCGAAAUUUUCUUUCUAUAAAGCAAUACAUACCCAUUAUUAAAUAAUACAUACAACGAAGGAAAAUAUUAAUGCCUCGAAUCGUCUAAGAAAUGCAAUAAUAUUGAUAUACGUUUUUGUUAAACGGAAAAAAUUCAAAUCUGCAAAAGAUCAACCAAAUCAUUUGCAUACAUCGAUACACUCUAAUAAUGCAUUCAAAAGUUUUACCACUGCGUCAGCGUCUGAGAAGUAACACGGCCAGCCCUAGCGCCACUCAGCUGAAUCCCUUAAAUGUGCUGCACACGAUAUUCUUUUCGGCAUUGCUGGGACCAUUCCUCGUGUUACUGCUGCUUUCCCAGCUAAGUGUAGAUAUAGAUUAUAGACUGUUGAGUGGGAAAGGUGGCCCCCGGAUGUUAGUAGCGGCAAGUCAAUCGGGCAUUUACAUAGAUAAUGGCAUCGAUCAGACAAUAAUGCAUCGCGCUUUGGACGAGGAUGAUAAAAUGGAUGCGUCUUAUGAGAUUUUGGAGUUUCUGGGAUUGUCGGAGAGGCCACGACGGAAGCAUGGUCAUUUAUCACUGAGAAAAUCGGCACCACAAUUUCUGCUCGAUGUUUAUCAUCGAUUAACCGAAGAGGAGAAUUCAGAAGCGCAAACUCGUACGAAACGUGACCUCGAAGAACAAGAGAAUUUUAUAACAGAUCUGGACAAGCAAGCAAUCGACCAGAGUGAUAUUAUAAUGACAUUUUUAAAUAGAAACCACCAUGUCGAUGAGGUCCGUCACGAGCAUGGUCGGCGGCUUUGGUUUAAUGUGUCCGAUGUACCUGACGAUAAUUAUCUAAUGAUGGCUGAGCUGCGUAUAUAUCAAAAUCCAACUCAGGGCAAAUGGAUGACCAGCGGCAAGGAGUUCACCAUCACUGUUUAUUCAAUUAUUAAUAUGGAGGGCCGACGUGAAUUGGAGGUGCUCUCCUCAGUUAAUACGACAUCAGAUUAUCAGGGUUGGUUGGAAUUGAAUGUGACACAAGGCUUGGAUAUUUGGUUGCAUGAUCACAAAAGCAAUAAGGGACUCUAUAUUGGAGCACAUGCGGUGAAUAAGCCGGAAAGAGAGGUGAAAUUGGACGAUAUUGGUUUGGUGCAUCCGAAAGGUGAUGAUGAGUAUCAGCCAUUCAUGAUUGGUUUCUUUCGUGGCCCUGAGCUCAUUAAAUCUGCUAACCGUCAUAGUCGAAAGAAGCGCAAUACCCCGCAUGUACGCCGUCGUAAGAAGUCCGAAAUGAUAAACCCGUUCCUUGAAGGAACUGUUGAAAAUAUGCGUAGUUGCCAAAUGCAGACUCUCUAUAUCGACUUCAAAGAUCUGGGCUGGCAUGAUUGGAUCAUUGCGCCAGAUGGGUAUGGCGCUUACUAUUGCAGUGGUGAAUGCAAUUUUCCACUUAAUGCUCAUAUGAAUGCCACGAAUCAUGCCAUUGUUCAGACUUUGGUGCAUUUGUUGGAGCCGAAAAAGGUGCCGAAGCCUUGUUGUGCCCCAACACGUUUAGGUGCUUUACCCGUCCUCUACCAUUUGAACGAAGAGAAUGUUAAUUUAAAAAAAUAUAAAAAUAUGAUUGUGAAAAGUUGUGGCUGUCAUUAAAUAUGAAGUAAGAGAAAAACAUUACAAACAAACGAGAUUAAUAAAAAUAAAAAUAAUUAGUAAUAAAAAUAA